AUGAACAAUCGUGAUGAGUACUUCAAGCGCCCCACAAAGUUAGCACUGUUUGAAGAUGUCCCGACCAACCCUGGUCACCGCAUUUUGGCCCCUCUCGACGAAGCUCGACCAGAGCAAGGAACUUGGGUUGGAGUACUGACUGACGGUCGUGUUGCAGUGCUACUCAACUACCGAGAGGGUGAUACCCGUAAUUUACAAGGAAAGAUGCUGCGGGGUGUGCUCCCGAUUGACUACCUUAGUGCGGGCUUAUCCGACACAGACUGGCAACAGCAGUUACAAAAUCGACACGCUCUUAAUGGUUCGAAAAUUGACUUGGAAGAUAUUGGUGGUUUUACUUUCGUUCAUGGAAAAAUUUCCCUUGAUCCCACUACCAAGCAAGUGAAGCCUCUCUCAGUACUCACCAAUCGUGGGGAACUGGGUCAAAUUUUGAAGGGGGAUCUGUCUGACCCUCACUUUGAAAUUUCCCACAAGAAAACUUUUGGUAUCAGCAAUUCGUUGUACUAUGAACCAUGGAGGAAGGUUGAAAUUGGCGAGGUGCUUGUUGACAAGCUUAUUGACACAGCAGUGAAAAACGAGUACGAUGAAAAGGCUCUAGUUGAUGGGUGUAUUGAUGUAUUGAGUACCAACACCUACGAUUCCGAUAUUCAAAAAUAUGGAGGCUGGUUUGCGAAAGUGCAAGAACUUCAAAAUCUGGUGUUCAUUCCGCCACUCGAUACUCAGGCUGAAGAACAUACCUUUGUUCUGGGAAAGUAUUAUGGUACACGUACGCAAACUGUUAUAUUGAUUGACCGAGGUGGCAAUUUGCAUUACUAUGAAAAAGAUUUGCAUAGUUCAGAUGAUCUCGAAAAGCCUCCUGUGAUGAGACACUACACUUUCAAGAUCAAUCUCGACGAAAACUGA